AUGAUUCGUACACAAACUAAAUACUCGAAUCUCAACAAUCUUAUUCUAUAUGGCAUCCUAUGUGAAGCCCAUUUGGCAGAAGUUCAUCUUAAACACUUGCAUGUCAUCAUAGUUGAUGGAUACAGUUUGGUUACAACUUUACUUACCAGGUUAGUUGAUGAGUUAUAUUCAAAGCUUGUUGAGAAUGUGAAAAUUCAAUUACUUGGGGUCACUUCAAUAAUGAUAUGUGUACUGGCUAUUGGAAUAGAUGGUUUGUUAGUGGCUUUGUUGAGGCAAACUCGUGGUGGUAAUUUUAGUAAAGCAAAUUUGUGGUUGUGUUCUGAAUUGGUUACUCUUUUCUCCAUUAAAUGGGAUUGUUUGCUGAAAGAAGAGCCAUUGGUGUUAUCAAGCAUUAUGUAUGUCUUUCUUAGGCUCUUGCCUGAUCACUGUAGAGUUUCCCCAAACUCAAAUUUAGACACUUUGAAGCUAAAGGAAAUCGAAUACUAUAUUAGGGUUUUCAGGAAUAGUUCCAUUUAUGUUUUAAAAUCGGAAGAGAUUUGA